GCGAUGGCUGUGUGUCUUGGGCCGCAAGGAACACUGAGAGACUCGGUCUCGGUCGGCAAUGGAAUUCGCCGCCGUCGAUGAAGGCGAACCCUUCUCUCCCGAAUGCCCCACUCUUCUCCUGCCGGCGCUUUCGAUCGGGAACGUCGGGCAGCUUGCCAUCGAUCUAUUGAUCUCUUCCACUGGAGCUAGAAGAGUUGGGUAUUUGGAUGAGCCUUCAGUGCUUCCUUGCGCCGGGAACGAUGCUUAUGGGCCGGUCCCCGUUGGUGAUCUUGCGUUGCCCCUUGAAGCUUAUGCUUCCUCCUCUCAUGCUAUUUCUCUCAUCCAACAGAGGUCUCCUGUUGUGAAGGGAAUGAUGGUUGAGUUUGCGAAGAAUCUAACAAAUUUCAUAUCCAUUUCUGGCAAGAAGCAUGUUAUUGUUCUUUCAAGUCUAUCUUCCGGUAGAAAGAAACAAAUCGAUCCUCCAGGUGAUCUGCAGAUCUAUUAUAUAUCGAGUUCCAAUGCUGAUGGAACUGAUGCUGAUUGUCAAAGGCUAGGCUUGAAAAAACUCGAGGAGUAUGAUCCCUGUCAAAGACGGUGGGUGCAUCUAAAGCAUCUAGCUGAAGGAAAUCCAGUGAAUGAAGAAAUGCUCAGUUAUGAAGAUGAAUUGUUCGAUGACGAUUAUUACCCUGGUCUGCCUUUUGCUGCAAUAUUUUCUUGUUGCAAGGCCAAAGGUUUGAAGGUCACAUGUUUAUUAUGCUACUGUUCUGAAGGAGACAACAUAUCUGACUCUAUCCAGCUUGCUGAUGCUGCCUGCAAACUUCUGGGUGUAAACUCAAACAACUUUCAUGGAAAUCAACAAGGUGGAUGGGUGAUGCCGCUUUCAUGGAAAACAGUAUACGGGCCACCAGCUGAUAUGACCCUUUUUUAACCUUUAUUCAUCAAAAUAAAAGCCUUCAGCUGUUAGGGAAAAUUAUUAGAGAUGGACAAAUGGCCCUUGGAAUAGUUCUUGAACCAAUGACUAAACAAUUCCUGGGCCCUGAAGGUUUUUGAGUAGUUUGUGAAAAAAGUUAGGGUUUGAUGGUAAUGGGGCUACUUGACAAAGGUGGAGUUAUUAUAUUCAUGGACUCAAUAAUUCAUCCACUACCAUUUUCAAAAGCUGGUGAUGGAAACAGAAUAUAAAAAGUCCUGGUCAGGUAUUCCACUUUGAUCACAUGCUAAUUACUCUGCUAUAUUGGUAUGCAAAACUAUUUGCCUCUCUUUCUUUAUUGUGCUUGUGCCCCACUUUGUAUUUUGAGUGUGGUACCUGUGCCAAUAUAUAUAUAGAUAUAUAUAUUUUUGACAAUUUAUAGCAUUUCUUUAAUUUUGGAUGGAGUCCAGAGAACAUGUGUAGAUUCCCCCAGAUAUUUUAUAUUAUUAUUUAUAAUUAAUCUCAUUUUAACA